AUGGCAGGCAAAAAAGAAGACUCCGAAACCAGCCAAAAUCAGGUCUCUGUCGGAGACAAGCACAAAACUGAAGUAGAAAAUCCAGAUGCGAAACGAGCCAAAGUCGAAGAAGAGGAAGGGGCAUUGUCUGACAAGAUCAACGACAAUGGCAAAGAGAAAGAAGACGGCACUAGUCAAGACGUAAAAGAAGAACGGGCAGAUUCCAACCCUGAUACCAAGCCUGAAGAUGACACCGCGGAGCCAGAGAAAGAGGACUGCGACGUUCCAUCAAGCAUUCUUGAGAAGGGCGUCAUCUACUUCUUCAUCAGAGGGCGCGUCGACGUAGAGAAGCCAAAAGAAGUGGACGACAUUGCGCGAAGCUUCAUCAUUCUGCGACCAAUAGCGCAUGAUGCCAAGCUGAGCGAGGGGCCGCUUAGAGAUGCUGGAAACACGCGAAUUCUUGUUUUGCCAAAAAAGGUGCUUCCAUCAAGCGGCAGAGAACGAUUUCUAUUGUUUGUAGAGAAGUCGGGAGCAUCCUACGACGAAAUCAAAGGCCAAUUUCUUGCUGGCGAAGAGUACGAGACAAAGACGAAAGGAACCAGGCAUUCCCCAGCAGCGACACCAAUUGGUGAAGGUGUCUACGCCAUUACAACCACUGGAAGGGAAAGCCAUCUGGCGUAUAUGCUUACAAUUCCGCAACAACUGGGCGAAGUGCAAAACGCUCUCAAAGUGAAAGAGCAAGGCAGUUUCAUCAUCAGCACCAAGAAUCCGAAAUAUCCAUCGCCAGCUUCGGCACGGCUACCCAAAGACCCAGAGUUCCCCAAAAAGAUCCUUGAAGAGUUUCGGGAUUUGAGAUGGAUUCCAUCGCGGCCAAAUCAUUUCGACUACGACAACUCGCAGAUUCUGCUCAUAGGCGAAUCUUCGGGGAUCGAGAAGGCUAUGACACCCCAAGAAGAAGAUGAAAAAGCGAACAAGGAGAAACCGCUCGAGGCCAUGGAAGAAUUGGAAGAAGAAGAUUUGAAGCGGAUGAAGCACAUGCCGGGGGAUUCCUCUGCUUCAAUUUAUGCAGAUUUGAAGGCACACGCAGAGGACUAUCCGAAGCUCCAGACUACAUUUUAG